CGAGGGGUAAGGAGGCGGAGAAGAUCGCCGGCGACACACAGAAAUAGAGGCUUAAGUUGUAGCGGUUUUUAGAUGACCCACAGGGGUGGAGAGAUAUAGGGGAAUGGCCAUGUGUUCUUGCGACAGCUCAUCGGCUUCGUGCUGCUCAUCUUCGUCGCCGUGGUGGUCGUGGAUGGGAGUUCUCUUCAGUCGGACAAGGAUACGCUGAUCGACCUCAAGCAGUUCCUCCAACGAAACAACGCCGCGCAUCAGGGGAAGUAUGACCAGUUGACCGAGGGCGAUGCUUCGCCUUGCGGCUGGUUGGAGAUCGUGUGCACGGGAUGCAGGGUCACCGGGAUCGACCUCUCCAACUUCACGCCGCAAACGCAGGGGAUGUUGUACCCACACUUCCCCUCGCUCACGGCCCUCGGUUCCCUCGAUCUCUCUGGCAAGACCUUUAGCAGAUCGAUUCCAGCAUACCUCGGGCAGUGCGCGUCGCUUAGAUACCUCAACCUCUCACACAUCCUUGAAUGAGGGGGCGGGGACCCUAACCAGCUAAGUUGCUAACAUUGAGUUUUUUGGAAAAAAAAAUCAUAUCGAGCUUCUUGGGCCGCCGACGAUCACAACGGCAGGCCCGAGCCCGACCCGUUAAUUACCGGUCUGGGCCGAGCCCGUUAGCCUCAGCCCGAAAAUCAUUAUUUCAAGGCCAGGGCCCAGGCCCAUAACGGGCCGGGUACCGGGUACCCGGCGGUGGCGCGGCCCGGUGCCCAGUCUUAAAUAAAAGUCGUCUAGGUCACAAAUUUAAUCAAUUUAAAAUGAAGAAUAAAUAGCGCCUUAAUGUUUUAUUGAGUAAACAGUAAAGAAAAGGACCAUAUGGCUGUAAGGAUACCCAUAUUUUGGGAAGUUGAACUUUUACUUGAGGCCCAUGUUUGAGAUGUGUUAAAAAAUAGUUGUUUUUUGGAAAUUUCAGGAAGUGAAGCCUACUUGUUUAAUUAAGAUCAUAAGGUUCGUCUAUGAGUGAAAGAAGAAUUAUUAUAAAAAUAUGUAGAAAAGGGGAAAAGGGGGAAAAAUCACCCUCCCCACGCUCAGGACGAUGAUGCCCUAGCUGCUCCACACUCUCCACAGAGAGUCAGAGACCCUCUUCAGUCACUGCUGCCAUUGAAGCGGAGAUGCGGAGACCAUUGGGGAUGAAGAAUCUGUACACCAAGACGAAGGGUUUUGCCGGCUGCCAUCCUCGACGACGCUUUCAGGCUGGGCAAGAAUCUUUCAGAUCAAUAACUCGAUCUUAUUACAGAGGAGCUGCUGGUGCUCUUUUGGUUUAUGAUAUUACAAGGAGAGAGACCUUUAACCAUCUAGCAAGCUGGUUGGAGGAUGCCAGGCAGCACGCAAAUGCGAAUAUGACAAUUAUGCUGAUUGGUAACAAGUGUGAUCUUGCACACAGAAGAGCUGUCAGCACCGAAGAAGGCGAACAGUUUGCAAAGGAACAUGGUUUGAUAUUUAUGGAGGCAUCUGCCAAAACUGCCCAGAAUGUUGAGGAGGCCUUCAUAAGUACUGCUGCUACUAUCUAUAAGAAGAUUCAAGAAGGUGUCUUUGAUGUCUCAAAUGAGUCCUAUGGAAUUAAAGUUGGCUUUGGAGGGGGAAUUCCAGCCACUGGAAGAGAUGGUACUGUAACACAGGGAGGAGGCUGCUGCAGUUGAGAAUAAGGUGGCCGCAGAUUGAAUAUUCAGCUUUUCGUGCUUGUGUGAUUCUACAUCUAAACUCAAUCCCCUCGGACGUCAAACCCUGUCAUGAUGACUUGUGAACCAUCCUUGUUUCUGUUUGUUUGUACAUUCUGUGAAUGAGAGUUCCUUAUAUUCAAUUGUAUGUAUGUUCCGACUUUGUCAUUGUGUCGUUCUUUCGCUUCCUCUUAUAAAUAAAGCCAUGUCUUAAGUCCU